UAAGCGAGAUAUGGCACUUAUCAGCCGUUGCGUUAAACCCUCGAAUCCACGAAAUCCACAUUCAGUCCCAUUGUAGUUAAAACCAUCACAAAACAACAACAUAGCGCUCGUUACCAUGGCAAAUGUACGCCUGAUAUCACCAGAGCUUACCAUAGUGGCAGAACGUGAUCUAAACGAAGAUCCAACUCAGCUGAGAAGUCAUCUUGAAGUGAUCCGAACGUGGUUGUCUGAACAUAGCACAAUUCAGGGAGCGCUGAGUGAUCAAAUAUUGCUAUCGUUUCUUCGUGGAUGCAAAUUCAGUUUGGAGAAGACGAAACAGAAGUUAGCUCUGUUCUAUCGGAUAAGAACGAUGCUGCCAGAAGUGGUACAGAAUCGAGAUCCUCUGGCUGAGGAUGUUCUUCAACUGAUUCGAUUAGGAGUGGGAACUCCGCUACCGGAAACAGUUCUCCCAACCGACCCCAAAAUAUUUAUUAUUAGAGUUUGCCAAUUCGACCUUGAGAAGUGCACUUUCGCUGAUGUCAUAAAGGUUGGCACAAUGAUCAAUGAUAUUCUCAUUCGUGACGAUGACCAAAUGGUUGUCUGUGGGAUAACGUUGAUUAUUGAUCUGGCGAACGUAACGGCAAGCCAUCUGUUUCAGUUUGAGGUUGAAUUCCUCAAACAGGUAGCGGUGCUAUACCAGGAUGCGAGUCCCCUGAGAAUGCAGGCUAUUCACAUCCUCAACCCACCUCCAGGGAUGCACACUGUACUGAAUAUUUUUAACAGUUUGGUGGCGGACAAAAAUAAGGACAAAAGAAUAUUUGCUCAUGGAACUAGCCUGGAUUCUUUGCAUAAAUUGUUUCCUGCAUGUGUGCUACCUGAGGAGUAUGGUGGGACGCUUGGACCGAUACAGACAUUCGUUGACCUUUGGGUAUUCAAACUGAAGGAGAAUCGUAACUAUUUGCUUGAAAUGACUGAACUGCAGGACAACUCGAUUGUGAGCAACUCGAAGAUCCCAACAAAUAACUCACAUCCUAGAGUGCAUAAUCACUUCGGUUUGGAUGGUUCGUUUAGAAAACUGGAACUUGAUUGAUGAAAUGUACAGGGUUACCUAUUUCGUGGUUCGAGAAGUAAACUGGAAGAACAAUUAUGAUGAAGAUUUCAUUCCGCACCGGAGACUGGUGUUUAUGUCAAGACUUCAAGAGUUAUGGAUUGUCCGCGUAAAUAGGAUCAUUCUCGUUGCACUCAAAUAAAAGAUCAAACGA